UCAUAGCUUGUCUUUGUAAAUAAUUGUAUGUAUAGCCAAACAUUUUUAUAACAACCCCGUAUUAUUUGAAAAUGUUUGAAAUUAUUUUUCAUAGGAUGAGUAAUAACAUUAUAGUAUAAAGUGUGUGAUUUAAUAGCUGGAACUUGAUUUGGCGUCUUGAUAACAGAGAACACUGGCCACCGUUGCCUUCGUAGCCGUAAGUAAUAAUUAUUUGUAAAGAGACAAGUGCUAUUGGCCGUUUGUAAAAAUUUUAUACCACAAAACAAACGCAAGCAACACAUUAUAUUGAAAUCAGUUGUUUCAAAGAAGAUACGUUUUAUAAUAAAUAGAAAUACUUACCUCCAGUCAACUACCGCUGGGCGCAGAUGCUGCUUUUAUCACCUAUUGUGUAAGUGGUUUUUGGCUUCUAGAUAGAGCCCUGGCCGACGACCUUUUUGUAGCUGUGUAAAAUUGCAGUUACCAUUCUUGAUCCAGUUUCCAUUUGACUCGAAAAAAAAGUCUUGAUCAAAAAAUGACAUUCUCAUUUUAACAUACUAUCAAUCAACAAUGUGCAGUGCGCAUUAGCAUGUUGAACGCUCUCAUAUUAUGUAGGCUUUCUACUAAAAACUAAUUAUCUCCGUUGUUUUUAGUUUAUGGAGUCUGAGUAAGAAAACGAGUCAAAAAUUCUAAUUGAAGUACACAUUGUUAUUGUAACGAGACCAUGAUUAAAGUUGAAAAAGUAAACGAACAGUCCAAAGAUCGACUCGCCCAAGCCUACGAGGAAGAAACUAAACCGACUUACAAUGAAAAAUCAAAUAAUCGUUGUGUACCGACCCAAAACGAUCCUAUCGAUGAAACAAACGUUAACGGCAACACCUACAAAGUUAACAAAUCGAGUAUUAAAAUUGAAAUAGAUGAAACAGAUGAUUUUGUCUGCGCACCAGUGAUCGUCUGUCCGGGUCCAGAUUGCCCUCCUUCUUCUUCUUCGGAUAAAUGUACACUUCACUGUACCAAUGCAUCUACGUCUGCGUGUACUACAACAUUAAGUUCCGAAUCUGUUAAACCCAAUAAAUGGAAGAGGUACCGUGACAGGAAAAAAAGAGGACUUCCCAAAUCUGCACCUAAAACACCAGCAGAACGACAGAAAGAAAGCCGAUUGCGUAAAAAACUAGAAAAAGCAGCUUCUACCAAAAAUAAUGUAUCGAAACAACCAAAAACCAAUGCUGAAAGAUGUAAAAAAUACCGAUUAAGUAAAAAACUGGAAAAAGCCGUUUCUACCGAAAAUAAUGUAUCAAGAAAACCAAAAACCAAUGCUGAAAGGUGUAAAGAAAGACGUCAACGCCAAAAACUUGAUGAAUUGUCUCUAAGAAGACCUCUAGAUGUCAAUGAAAAUAAUGAUGUACCUAAUAAAAGACUAAAAAUGAAUUAUGCUCUUGAUGAUAACGAAUUUGACGAGCGUUUAUCGAGUAUUCAAAUUGAGAUCGAUGAAACAGAUGAUUAUUAUUACGAGCCCAUUGUUGAAAUAAAAGAAAAUGAACAGCCAAUAGAGCAACUAACCUUUGAAAUUAAAACAGAACCCACGACAAGUAUGGAAAAAUCGUAUAGUAGUAUAGUCACAGCCCAACAAGAUCCUCAAACGACAUUCGUCGGCAAUACACACAAAGGGACAAUUAAAAUCGAAAAAGAUGAAGCAGGUGAUUUUGAUAAACAGGCCACCAAAAUAAAAGAAGAAAAUGCGGUUUUGUUGAAAGAGCAAUUCACAAUAUCUUUAGAGGAAAAAACAACACCGACUUGUAGUAAUAAGUUAUAGUUGUGUAACACAAAGAAUGAUCUUAAAAAAUCAAUCUAUGAAAAUGCAUACAAUAUGACCGCAAAGAUAGUUGAAAUUGAACCACGAUCAGAAUAAAAGAAGAAAUUAUGGAGUUGAUAGAGCACUUAAUAUACGAUGAAAAAAAUACACCGACUUGUAAUGAAAAAACAAUCAAUAGUGGUGUGACGACAGCGAACGGUCUUCAAAAAAACAAUGGAUGAGAAUGAAUACAAAGUGAACAAGAAAGGUGCUCUCAGAAAAGAAUGCUAUCGAAGAUACCGUGAUAGGCACCGUGAAGAAAUAAACAUGCACAAAAGAGACAAACGGCUAAAUUGAAAAAGCUCUCAGCCAAGUUGUUUGAAAUACGUACUCAGCAUACGAUCAACAUAUUACAAACUUUCUAGCAAACGUGUGGACAAGAAGAACACUCUUAGAAAUAUACGUAACCAAAGAUUAUCGGGAGCGACAUAGAGAAGAAAUCAACCAGUGGCGAAGAGAAAUUAGGCAACGACAACGAAAUGUCGAUUAAACACCUAAAACUAAUUAAAAUUUAAAAAAUGGAAAAACCAUUUUGUUGCAUAGUUUUAAGAAAUAAAUAAUGUGCUUAAGAUAAUGUUAGGAAUUUUAUAGAUAACUAACAUUUUUAUUUUUAUUUAACACAAUUCAUAGAAAUUUAUUAAAUGUCAUCGCCUUAUAUACUGACAACAAACAUGACCCUUGUUGAUCCUUUUAACUAAACCACUAUUAACCAUACUUGAUCCUAGUCUAAUACUUAGACCUUGAUCUAAAUGUAACACCUACAAAAAUCUAAAUAAAAUGGGGUCAGGUGGUAAAAAAGUUUUUCUUACCUAUAUUAUUAACCUAUUUUUGAAUAGUUGGAUGAGCUGUAAUUAAAAUUAAAAUUUUUGUUUUAAAUUUUAAGUUGUAAUUUUUUAUUUUGAAAGGGAAAAGGUUAAUUUUUCUACUUCGAGAGAAAUUAUGUUAAAGA